AUGGCUGACGGAUAUUGUUAUCCUGUGCUCGUCGAGCUCGAAGACAACAACAUACCGAAAUUAAGGAUUAAAUUAGUGAAAUACUUCCAAAGUAAGAAGGCUCGUGGUGGAGACUGUGAGGUUGAAUAUGAAAACGGCAGCAGGACGGCGCUGCUCCGCUUCCGCACGGAGGAGGACCAGCGAAAUGUUUUGGGGAAAGAAGCCCAUCAGAUCAUUUUGGAUCAAGGCGUUUUGAAGAUGACAGUUCGUUUACCCCCAGAGGAGAAAACUACACAGGAAGCUCCUUCUGAUAAAGCCAACAAGAAAUCGAAUGCUGCUGUGACCAACAAACAGUCGAGUGCUGAUGAACACCACACUGAAACUAAAGCUGAGACAGAGGCCAAAGGCAGAGACGAUGACACAGCAGAUGAAGAUCUGUGUUCCAUCUCGGCUGUUUUAGGAAAUAUUCCAGAGGCGGUAAACCAGGAGUUUUUGGAGAUGCUGAUAGAGAAUAUCACAAAAGAUCCUGAGAGUUCAGCUGACUCCCAAAGCUUUGUUUUGGAAGUCUUUCGUGACACAUCCUCUGCUGUAGUGACUUUCCAGAGUGGAAAAGAAAACACUGACUUUGUGACAAGAUGCCCUCAAAACAGGACGUUCAAAAAUAAAGGAUUAACAGUCCGACCUCUCGAAGUAACAGAUCAAGUAGUUGUUGAGGACUUUGGAAAUUUUAGUGAAGAUCUACUCCGCCUCUAUUUUGAGAGUAAAGGUGCUGAUGUGGAAAAUGUCGUGCUCAGUGAAGUGGAACAGUCUGCUGUCAUCACAUUUAAAGACCACAAAGCUGUUCGCAAAAUUCUGAAGAAGAAGCAUUGCAUCAAGCAGAAAGAAAUCAGAGUUUAUCCUUAUUAUAAAUCUUUGGGAAUAGUCCUCUAUGGCAAUGACGAGCCUUCAUUAAAACUUCCUGCCGCCAUCUCUGAACCCAUCGACAGUGCUGUCUGGAGAUACCUUAGUGACAAUCAGUCAGCAGCAGAAGCUAUUCAUAGUGACUUGGCAAAACACUUCUGCAAAGUAAACAUCGACCAAACUAAUGUGUGCUUGAGUCCUGUUUCUUCACUGCUACAGCAAAAGGAGGCCAAAGUCCUUAUCAAAGAGUGGAGGGAUACUGUGAGGUCAGGCUUUGCAGAAGCUAUGUCAAAAUUCAAAUCCCUGAGCUUCCACCCAGAGUCAAGUGUAUGGGAAGCAUCUGAAAAGAAGAUCAGGGAGAUGCUUAUGAAGGAAGAUGUGGUUGUAGUGCCUGAUAAAGCCAAUGGUGUCUUGUCAGUGGGUGGUCCUGUGAGUAUUGUCAGCAGACUCGAGAAAGCCAUUUCUGAAGUCAUUAACAAUAUUGUGAAAAGGGCGGAGAGGGAGAAAUCGAGUGUAACACAAGAGAUCAAAGUGUCACCAUCUAUGUUCCACAUCUUAUGUCAAGAUGGUCUCAAGGACAAGCUUCUACGUGUGUACCCAGAACUCAAAAUGUCAUUUGGAGAAAAGAGUUCAGAUUUGAAAGUAACUGGCUUAAGGGAUGAGCUUAAUGCAGCAAGCAAAGCUAUAUUUGAUGCAAUGCUUGCAUUGAAACGGCAAAAUUUAGAGCUAGAUAAGAAUGUGCUUGACUUGCUGAGGAAUGAACAACAAGAGGAGCUGACUGAUGGUCUCCUCACAUCUAAAGGAAUAAAUGCAGUAUUUGCGAUCAGUGCGCAUAGAGUGCAGCUCGUUGCUGUUUCUGACAAAGACCUCGAGGAUGCUGAAGACCAUCUGGGACAACUGCUGAUAUCUGAGUACAUUGAUGUUGAAGACACUAAUGUCCUAGAGAAGCCAGAGUGGCAGCGCCUGGUUAGUCAGUUAGAGAAUGACAACAGUGAGUCAUGCCCAAGAACUGGAAUCCACACCACUGGUCGGCAAGUUGUGGUGUCUGGCCCAAAAGAUAGUGUCAUAAAAGUUAGCUUUGAACUUGACAACUUUUUAAUGCAGAAUGCUCAAGUUGAAGACACUGUUGAGGUCAAGCUCAAUGCCAUCAUUGAAUACAUUAGAGAUUUCAACACAUCGCAGUUGAAGAAAUUCGAAGACAAGGUGGUGGUGUCAUACAGAAAGGAUGACAUCUGUCUAAGCGGUUCAAGAGUUGAUGUGGGAGAUUGCAAGAUAUUCGUUGAAGACUUCGUGUCUUCUGUGUUCUUUGACACUUUAAAAGUCUCUAGACCUGGAGUGAAAAAGUUCUUCCAGGAUAAAGAAGCUAUGUAUGUUUCCUCACUCAAAAAUGAAACUCAUUGCCUGGUCCAGCUGGUUGACGAGACUGGUGGUGGACAGGAUCACUCAUCCCUUAGAAAAGUGCCACAACCUGUAUACCAAGUUCAGACAACAGAUGGAGUGGAAAUAGCUGUUUGCAAGGCAGACUUGUGCAGUUACCCAGUGCAUGCAGUUGUCAAUGCUUCUAACCAGACCUUGACACAUGAUGGAGGCCUUGCGGCAGCCCUUUUGAAUGCUGCUGGCCCUCAGUUGCAGGAUGAAUGUAACAAACUAAUUAGCUCGAAGGGACAACUCAAGCUUGGAGACUCUGUCAUAACUGGUGCUGGAGGGCAGCUUUGUUGCAAAAAAAUCAUUCACGCAGUGGGACCACAUUUUGAUGCAACUAAACCCCAAAAGGCUGCAGCGCAGUUAAAAAGAGCUGUUAAAGGAAGCUUAGAACUCGCUGAAAUGAACAGCUGCAUCUCUGUUGCUCUGCCUGCCAUCAGCAGAAGCCAAGGCUUUCCCCUCAAUCUGUGUGCAAUCACCAUUGUCAAAGCAGUUAAGGAAUACUGUGAUGAGAAUUAUGAUGAUAUCACCUUGAAGAGAAUCCAUCUAGUGAACAACGACGACAGUGCUGUCCAGGCUAUGGAGGCUGCUGUCAGACAAGAGUUUGGAAAUAAUGGUGUCAGCCAUUCUCAACAAACUCUUCCCAUCAAAUCUACUAAGUCUACACUUGUGAAGUCUGCUGGAUCUGACCCCUGCUUUGGUCAUGUACAAACCAAAGAAGGCUUGGACAUCAGUCUUACAACAGGACACAUAGAGGCUGCCACGACGGACGUGAUCGUGAAUACUGUGUUUGAAGAUCUUGCACUCAACAGAGGGGCAGUUUCAAAUGCCAUCCUGGGUGUGGCUGGAUCCAAACUUCAGCAGUUGGUUAAAACAAACAAAGCCAAUGGAACUUUUGGCGAUGUCAUCGUCACUGACGGCUGCAAACUGAAGAGCAAGCGAGUUUUUCAUGCAGUUUCACCUCAUUGGGACAAUGGCAGUGGCACCGCUGAAAAGACCUUAAGUGGAAUCUUCAAGGAUUGCUUGGACAAGGCAGAGGAUACUGGGCUGACCUCCAUAUCUUUCCCUGCCAUUGGCACUGGAAACCUGGGUUUCCCAAAAAACCUUGUGGUUUCUUUGAUGUUGGAUGAAAUUUUAGCAUUCAGCAGUAAAAAACAACCCAAGCACCUGAAGAAGGUCAUCAUUGUCCUUUAUCCCAGAGAUGCACAGACUAUCCAGGCUUUCAGUGAUGAAUUUAAGAAGAGGUUCCCCAAUGCCUCCGCUGGUUCACUGUCUGCCAGUUCACCACAAAGUCCAGGGGGCCCCUUCUCUAAAGUUGCCUCAAGCUCAGGAAUGCACGAGACUAAAAUGGGAAGUGUGACUGUACAGGUAGUCACAGGAGACAUAACCAAGGAGACCACUGAUGUCAUUGUCAACUCCUCCAAUGAACAGUUUUCUCUCAAGUCAGGUGUAUCUAAGGCUAUUCUGGAUGCAGCUGGUCAGGCCGUUGAAGCAGAAUGCCAAACCCUUGGUUCGCAGGCCAACAAAGGCAUAAUAAUGACACAGCCAGGGAACCUGAAGUGUAAGAAGAUCCUUCACCUGGUUGGUCAGACGGAUCCAAUAAAAAUCAGCAAGGUUGUGAAAGAUGCACUUCAAACGUGUGUGAAAAACUACACUUCUGUGUCAUUUCCUGCCAUUGGCACAGGUCAAGGCAAUGUGCAGGCAAGGCAAGUGGCAGAUGCCAUGUUGGAUGCAGUGAUUGAUGUGUUGAGCCAAAACACCUCCAGUACCCUGACAACAGUCCGGAUAGUCAUUUUCCAGCCACCUAUGCUCAAAGAAUUCUUCAACAGUAUGCAAGACAGAGAAACUGCUGACCCACAGUCAGCAACACCUCUGACUGACCCUAAGGAUAAAGGAAGUUUCUGGGGAAACCUUGGCUCCAAAAUCAAAUCAAUAUUUGUUGGCGAAAGUACUGAAAAGCCACAAAAAGAGGGAGAUUUUGUCAUUGAGGGUCUGAAAGUGGACCCUGCCUGCUUUCACAUCUGCGGUGGCACACAAGCUGACAUAGACUCAGCCAAGCAGUGGAUCAACGACCUGAUAUCUAAAGAACAAAACAGCAUCGUCAUUUCAGACAACACCAUUCUUUGCUUCUCUGAUGCAGACCACCAACACAUUGUAGAGAUGCAAAAGACCAUGGGCGUCAGUAUAAGAACUGAAAGCCAGAAAGGCCAAGCCUCACUGACAAUUGAGGGCCUCAGCAGGGAUGUGCUCAAAGCCAGCCAUGAGAUCCAUAAGAUGCUGGGGAAGGUGAGAGAUGACGAGGAGAUGAAGAGGAAGGUCAAGCUGGCUGGCACAGUGGCAGACUGGCAGUACCAGCCGCAAGGGUUUCAGUUUCAGAGUUUCGAUGCAAAGACUAACUUUGAGCUUGAACAAGCACUGGAGAAGAAGCUACAAAAUGUCAAAGUCAAAGUCAAUGGUCAAGACUACACUGUCACCAUGCCAAACGGACCAGCCACUGACAGCAAGGGAAAUGCCCUGCAGAUAAAGCGGAUUGACAAACUAAAGGAUGAAGAUGUGCCUGAGAACUGGAAUAUCAUGCCAGCUAACACCACAAGUCUGGCUGUCCCCAUCAAUGCUGGGACAACAGAGCACACUGAAAUCCUGAAUCUGUUCAAAGCUUCCUGCAAUCGAACAGUUACUAAGAUUGAGAGGAUCCAGAACCCAGGACUGUGGAAGAGUCUUCAGAUCAAGAGGCGUGACAUGGAGGUGAGAAAUGGUCAUCAGAACAAUGAGAGGCGUCUGUUCCACGGAACCUGUGGAACGACAGUAACUACAAUCAAUGAACUCGGCUUCAACAGGAGUUACGCUGGAAAAAAUGCUGCAUGCUAUGGUAAUGGCACGUACUUUGCUGUCAGUGCCAGCUACUCUGCCAGUGACACCUACUCCAAGCCAAGUCAAAAUGGGGAGAAGUUCAUGUACCUCUGUCGAGUACUGACAGGGGAUUUCACUGUUGGCCAACAAAACAUGAUCGUGCCACCAGCCAAGGGAGCCGUCUCCGUUCAGAAGUACGACAGCGUCGUGGACAGAAUGGCCAACCCCAGCAUGUUUGUUAUUUUCCAUGAUAGUCAGGCUUAUCCUGAAUAUUUGAUUACAUUCAAAUGACACUGCCAUGCACUGAGAAAACAAAAAAAAGAUGCUGCCUUAGAUCAUUAGACUACUCCUUAAUAAUCACAACAUUAUUCAUGCAUUUGUUUAACCAUCCAGUUAAGAUAUAUAGUUCAAACUUGAAGUGAGUGAAAUGAUAUAACUGUAUUAGCUGUUUUCAGGUUUACAAGCAACAGGUAAUGAUCAUAAGGUAUUAGUAGUCAGACUCCGAUAGUGCCUUGAAAAUGUAUCAGUGCACAUACUACAGAUUUAUCAUGCAAACAGAAAUCUGUAAAUGGAAUAACUUUUAAACUUUUUUCCCUUUACAUUAUGCACUGUGUAAUUGCACUAAACAGGUUUUAUGACUCCUGGGAGGUUGAUUUAACUACCAUCUCUGUUCCAGGAAAUCAUGCGAUUCCGUAAGCUUGCCUGUGUUUGCAUAAAUCAAGUCAAUAAUCACUUGUUGUUUUGGUUAAUAAAAUAAAAAAAAAAAAAAAAAAAAAGAAAGACAAUUCACUGCUGUUCCAAUAAACAAACCUAAACAAAUGCAAUGUGUUGACUGUUUGGUGAAAAAUAAAUACAGUGGUGGAAAAAAGUUUUCGGACGCCCUUAAAAUUUUUCACAAUCUCAAAUAUUGUCAUGAAAUAUUUGUGGAAAAAAUCUUUUUUGUGGUUCAAAAGGUGUGGCUGCAUUAGACAGACACAAACAAAUACAAAUGAUAUAUUUUUUUGGUUUAUUCUUUACAAGAAAAACUAACAAAACUAAAUUUACCCAAAUGACCCAAUACUCAAAAUUUCUUAUUUUUAUAGAACCAAUCGAUUUUCAGUUUUUAAUGGCUUUUUUCACUUGAAGAGUGCAUCCAGAAGUGAUUCUUAAUGCAAUAUUUCACAAAUGCAUGGGGUGUCAGAACUCUUUCCACCAUUGUAUGAUAUCAGUGCAACUACAUACACUUGUGAACAAUAGUUUAGGUACACUUGAAAAGACCAUGCACUGUACAUGUUCAAAGAAAGUACAAAAAACAAGAAAUACAACCCCCCAAACAAAUGAAUAAGUCAAAUGUUCGACUAGUCCCUUCUUUUUUUUUUUUUUUUUUUUUUUAAGGUAUAUUUACAUUCAAGCGUGGUCCAGUUCUUCACUCAUGACAAGAAUUCCAACUCAGACAUCAGUUUAGAUUUAGUUUUCUCCAGUCUAAGGCCACAGGUUCUUCUUUUUGAGGCAACAACAAAACUUUAAUUUAAAAUUCAUGAUUUUUAAGUCAUAUUA